CAACCUAGAAUUGACACCGGUAAAAGAAAAGUUAUAGAAUUUUUCAACAAAUAAAACCACCCAGAGACAGAGUUGAUAAAACCCUGUUUGUAAACCUAGACGCCAUAACCAUGGCAAAACCCCAAAAACAUUCAAAACCCCAUGGCCGCAAUGACCUCAAACCCAAAACCAAAUCAUCAAAAAAACUUAAAAAACCCAAACAAAAACCGCCGCAGCUCCCGCCGCCGCCACCACCGGCACCGGAAUUGUUGACCACCGCUUCACAGCAGCUGCAGUUUUUCAUUCAGCAGUAUCAGUCAGCAAAUAGGAUACAACUCUCUUCUCUUGAACUUGAAUCUUUUACUGAUGCAUGUGUAGUGAAGCUUUCUGAAAGCAUACCUCAGGAUGUGAAUCAUUUAAGUGAACAUAUGAAGGCUUCAUUCGGAUCAUCUUGGAAAGAAGCCUUGUGUAAGAAGCAACUACCCGGGAAAAGUUGUGAACCUGGGAGGCCAACACUGCUUACGAUUAGUUUAUCUGCUUUGAGAUCGCUCGAACUUUUCAGGGGUUUGAAGGCUUUUACUAAAGAAUGUCCUGCUGCAAAACUUUUUGCGAAGCAUUUGAAGAUCGAAGAACAGGUUUCCUGUUUAAAGAAUCAUGUCAAUGUUGCUUGUGGAACACCAAGCAGGAUCAAAAAGUUAAUUGACAUGGAAGCGUUGGGUCUAUCACGAUUAUCAGUUCUUGUACUCGACAUGCAUACAGAUGUUAAGGGAUAUUCUCUGUUUAGCAUCCCUCAAAUCAGGGAUGAGUUUUGGGAAUUGUACACAACCCACUUUCACCAAAGACUCUUAAAUGGCAGUCUUCGCAUCUGUCUCUACGGUACCAUUGAUGCUAACAACUUUAGAAGAAGAAUGAAGGGAAAAUCCGAAGCCGACGAGUGAGCAAUUGCCUUGUAUUCAUAUAGGUUUAUAGUGAAUGCUUAAGAGGCUGGAUAUGUAUGAUCAUGAAUGUUAUUUGGAAUUCAUAGAAGACACUACAUGAGGAUGGUCAAAGAAGACCCGAAAACUUGAGAGGUCCUAAUCGAAAACAGGAAGAAAAAAAAAACUUAAUAUUUGCUCUUGACACUAUUUGGUUAAUGGAUCUGUUUACAUUGUCCAAAAAAAAAAAAAAAAAAAAACAUUUAAGCAUCAUUAUUUUGUUUAUUUCCGUCAUAUCUCUAACUUUUGUUUAUGCAAAGCCUUGAUUCGUAGUC